UGCAGCCGGACAGCUUGGAAGCAACAAGGCUGGCUGGAGUACACGUCUGCUGCUGCAGUGCUCUGGAGCCACAUUUGACCGGCAAAGCAUCAAACCAAGGUUAUUUUUCCGUACUGAAGGUUGCUUUGUUUCAGAGUUGAACCAAAAGAAGAUGUCUGCGGUUUACAAAGAUGACCAGGAGGACUGGAUGACAGUGUGUCUGAAGUACCUGCUCUUUGUUUUCAACUUUCUCUUCUGGAUGGGUGGAGCAGCUGUUUUGGGUGUAGGAGUGUGGACACUGGUGGAGAAGAGUGACUACUUAAGUCUCCUGGCAUCCAGCACUUUUGCAGUCUCAGCAUACAUCCUCAUCCUGGCAGGUGGCCUGGUGGUGGUUACAGGCUUCUUAGGCUGUUGUGCAGUCAUCCGGGAGCAGAGGAGCUGCCUGUCAAUGUAUUUCUUCUGUCUGCUGUUGAUAUUCUUGAUUGAACUGGUGGCUGGAGUACUGGCCUAUGUGUAUUACCAGAGGCUGAGUGAGGAGUUGAAGCAGCAUCUGAAUCAGACUAUGACAGAGAACUAUGCUCAGCCAGGGAAGGAUGCAAUCACAUUUGCUGUGGACAGACUACAACAGGAUUUCAAGUGUUGUGCCAGCAACAACUCUCAUGACUGGUUGCAGAGUGUAUACAUUUUGUCAGAGCAGGCAGAAGGCAGAAUGGUGCCCGACAGUUGCUGUAAGACCAUCACCCCUUACUGUGGCCGAAGAGACCACCCCUCCAAUAUCUACAAGGUGGAGGGUGGUUGCAUCACUAAGCUGGAACAGUUUCUGGCUGACCACCUGCUGAUCAUUGGUGCUGUAGGAAUAGGAGUGGCCUGUCUGCAGCUGGCCGGGGCAGUCUUGACAGCCUGUUUUAUCUAUCUGCUCUAUAAAGAAGAGGAAGAGGACUUCGGUGCAUUGUAAUAAGCUAAAGCAACUUUGUGGUUUAAUCACCUGGAGAGACAAGAUUUGUGGGAUGGUGUUUACCUGUUGCUUGUACAGGAGGAUCAAGAUGGACCCUUACUGAGCACCCCAAGCCACAAACACAUCACCCUGAACUGAGAGUGGAGCAGAGACCUGCUGAUGCCUAACUUCAACUACUGAAUCUUGAUCUCUGGCCUGGUCAUCAACAUUGCAUGUACUGACAUAUUCCAGGUCACAAAUGUUGCAGUGAAAAGGAAAAUGUGCCACUAACAAAAAGGUUCUUUUCUUACAGAAUUCUCUUUAUUUGACCUUUUUAGUGAACUUUUUUCCAGAUAUUCUAGCCAAUUGUGAUCUAGGACUGGACUUUUCAGUGCCUUACAUUCUUGUUUAAUCAGAACAAGAGGAAGAGAGACAAUUAAAAUAGCGUUUUAUUCUGUUGCACUUAAUGAUGGUUGAUUUAUGUGCUCACUGUCAGUGGUUUUGGUCAAUUUACUUUCCCCACGAAAUGAGUAAUUGGAUGAAGAUCAUGUCACUAGUUAACAAAGGUAAUUUAUAGUUUUAUUUUCUUCAAACAGUGUACCUGUAUUCCAGUUCUUCUAGAGAUAAUUUAGCUUAGAAAUGUCAUUUAAACGUGCCGAACAUUUUAAUGUCAGUUAAUGCACUUUAAUAAAUGACAGCAAAUGAAUCCUAGUUUAUAAUCUAGACAUUUGUGGCUUUAUAUAUCUGUAAUAAGCUAAAUGUUAAACUAUAUUGUGUGUAAAUAUACUAAAAUGAAGAUAAAGUUAAUAGCAGUAUCUUCAUGAAAACUCUAGAUAAGGGAAAAUAAUUUCCUGAGAUGGGUGUCAGUAUCUUGAAAUAAUGACCCCAUCUAGUGGUUGGAAUUAGUCAAUUACUGCACCAUGUAUGGUACUCGUAUACACUGCUUUUCUCUCGCCACAUUUUUUUUUUUUUUAAUUUGACAUCAAUAUUGUGAUGCAUCAAUCACAAUGUAAGAUGGUUAAUUCAACAUUAUUGCGAGUCAUUUCAGUCUUACUGUGCAGGAAUAGCCAAAGAAAGCAAGGACUUGUCUUCACUGCUUAAUUUAUCACUUUCUGUUGUCUCUAACAGCCAUUGCUUCUACAGGAUUCAGUAGUGUUACAAGCGACUUAAAUGAUUAUUUUACUCUAGAAGUGAUUAAAUAUUAAUUGAGACAUUCCACUGUAAUCUGCUGGAGUUUGCUACUCAUUGCUCCAGGAGUUCUUGUUCAUGAAUUAGACAUUCUAGGAUUUGUGAGUAUUUUUUCUUCCUGUCUGACAAAUGAAGGGUUUCUAUGGAAAUAUUUGAUGAUGAGAUAAUGAUAUAUACAUUGGUGUGUGCUUAAACUACUGACUAGAAGUCAAAAUAUUGAUAUAAACCACAAAAUAAACUGACAAAUAUUGUUAUAUUCAGAUAUUGUGUAUACUUUUGUGAAAUAUUAACAUGUUCUUUGGACAGGUAACUCUACUGUUACUGUUUGGCAUUGGUUUAAUGAUUAUCAUCACUGGCGUGUUCUAUAAAAUUAAAUUAUUUGUAUUUGACUCAAAAUCUAAAUAUUUUGUCCAAGGUCAUUGCACCCUUUGAUGAAGUCUUACAGGUUGUUUAUCAGUCUGGAAACCACUAGAGGGAGACAAAGAUUUUCCAGUUGAGUGGUGUACAAAGAAUUCCAUGAAUUAUGGAAGUAAAACAUACUGACCCA